AUGAGGCUUGCCGACCUUUGUUGCGCUUUGCUGGUGGGCAGCGUUGGCUUCUUCCUCGCGCCCACGCAUGCUUUACCAACAGGCAACAACACGUACGGUCUCGCUGAGCCGUCACGCAACCCAGACAAUGGUCCGGACAUUGAGCCAGCAGACAUCAAAUCGGGCGCCCACUAUAGGGUGCUCGCGGAAAAGUUCAUUGCAUCUUUAAUGUAUCCCAACAAUAUCCACGCACACGACCUGAAAUCCAGCCCUCUGUUCGAGCCAACUAUGAUUGGUCGAGUCGAGCAGACGACGACGUUUGCUGGUGAUGAGCUCAACGUCGAAUACCUCUACUACUUGUUCCAAGAUAUUGCAGCCAAUGCUCAGAGCAAUGGACCACCUCGGGCCAUGGGAUAUCCGUACGAGUACAACAUCACCCAAGUCGCUGUGGAGAACAACGUCGUCGUUGCCAACGCGGUCACGCAGUGGAAUUGGGGACGCGGCUUCAACGAUACUCAAGACUUUGUGCUGCCCAUAGAGCUGACCGCUUGGAUAUGGUACAGCAAGAAUGACAAAAUCCAACAGUACGACCUGAGCUUCAAGCGAGCAGAUGUGAGUACAGCCGUCAUGCUUCCUGGUGACCGUGCCGCGCCCCUUGGCUAACGAUGGAAACAAUCUCCCUCUUCUUGCUCCGCCACAAUCAUGCAGUGGGUGUUCGACAUCGCCGCGGACUGGCUCUUGCCUCAGAUCGCACAUCGUGAGGGAUGGAGCGUCAACACGACAACUGUUCGUGACGUUGAGAUUCGGCGAUACACCGCGGACUACGUCUGCAAGGCAGCGCUAGCCAAUUGCCACGGUAAAGACGAACACUACGAAUCAUAUGAUGACUGCAUGAGCGUUCUCAACGGGAACGAUCCCAAUGAUCAGGUGCCUCUCGGUACUCCAAGCCUCGCGGGCGAGAACACCUUAUGGUGCCGGUGAGUAGACUGCAAAAAGUUGGACUGCGAGUGUGCUGGCGCUGAUGUGAUGGUCACGAUCCUCCCCAGCUUUGUUCACACCCCCAUGUUGCCCAUCCGCCCUGCCGAGCACUGCCCACAUGUCGCACGGUCAGGCGGCACCAUGUGCAUCGAUCGUGACUACAGGAAUGUGACCAACGAAAAUAUCUACCCCAAAACGAUGAAGGCGCCGCUCGUCGCCUUGCCGUCUAGCAAGAGCCUCGAGAGCACCUCUCCAGAGACGAUUAGGGAGCUCGACUUUGUUUCCAGCGAUAAGAUCCGUCCAGAGACGCCGUAUUGGUUCUCCGUCAACGGUCUAGUCCUCUUCGCUAUUUUCUGGAUCCUUGCUCUCGUGAUCGACAUGGUGCUGCGCAUCCUACCCAUGACGCGCAAACGUUUUACGUCACUGUCAUGGGCCAACCAGCGCACCACGGUCGUCUACGUCCUCAACAUCUUCUUUACCACUGCCGCUCUCGCUUUGCAGCUUGCUGCAUCGCCAAGCUUCAGCGGCAACUUCAAAUCUUUCCACUUUGAAGUCGGACGUGCAGCAGUGCUCAUCAUUUCUGAGCUGUACUUAUUUGAGCUCAUCUACCGUGCCAAAAUGCGACCGCCAAUGAUUGCUCAUCACAUCCUCACCGUGUUUGCAAUCUGUAAGUCGGACCUGCGUGCCUUGUACCUCCAAGGCUUCGUUGACUUUUCUUCUUGCUCCAACAGCCUUCACCAUCAUCCUUGUGGACCGUCGGCAUGAUCCUGCGUAUCUGUGCUGCGGCUUAGCUUGGCUCUUCCAGGCGACGACGGAGCAGACCACAUUCAUCGGGCUCUUCAUGUACCGCAUGUGUCCUUCGCGACCCAGGAUGGUCCGGCAUUGGCUCCACUUUGCAGCUAUCCAAGGCUUGAUCGCAAAGCUUGCCGCCACUGGUCUUGUAAGUGCUGGCCAUGACAUUGAUCGGAGUCUGCAGCCGCUAACGUCUUCCAUCUCUCCCACUGCCACAGACUCUGUGGGUAUGGGCGAAGUGGCAACGUUUCGACUCGACUGCAAUUGGCCGAGCAUACACCGUCAUCUUGUGGAUCGCCAUGGUCGCUCUACUCGCAACACAGGUCUGGGGCGCCAUGGUGACCUUCAGUAUCGGGUCCACAGUCGAGAAGCGCUUCAAGCGGCAAGCGGAAGGAAGGGACUCUCGACGCAAGACGGUCGCGCCACCGGCUCUGUUAACCUCUGGAGCAGGCUCGACUGACUCGUUGGAGAAGGGACGCAUCGAGUUGAGGGACACGAGCACUGCCGCUUCUUUGCUUCAAAGCAGAAGAGGAAGUGACCAAGACGCCUCUGUGUCUGGCGAAGCGGACGUCACUCCCAUCGCACACCUUGAGAGCGCAGCAGCGGCGACUGGCCGCAGUAGUACAGAUGCCAGAUCAGACUCACCGGCAGACGUCGACCCUCAGGUGGCGGCUAAACCUACAUAG